CCGGCGAGCGGAAGUGGCCCAGGCAGCUCGCUGAGGCUCUGAGGCCGUUCGCCUGUGAGUCGGCGGGUCAGGCGCAUCUCAGGUCCCCCGAAACCCGGCCACGGCCAAACGAAUUGAAGGACUUGGCGUUCCGGAGCCGUCGCCGCUUCCGUGCCUUCUGCCGCCGCGGACGCCGCCGUCCCCGCCGCCGGAGGACACGGCCCUGAGCGGCAGGCCUAGGCGCGGCCUGCGGAGCCCGACGUGUCGCUGCCGUGAGUAAAACGAACGCCCUCUCCGCCGUCGUUUAUACGUUAAAAUGGAGGAAAUUUCGUUGGCCAACCUGGAUACUAACAAGCUGGAGGCCAUCGCUCAGGAGAUCUACGUAGACCUGAUAGAGGAUUCUUGCUUGGGAUUCUGCUUUGAGGUGCACCGGGCGGUCAAGUGUGGCUACUUUUACCUGGAGUUCGCAGACACUGGGAGCGUGAAGGAGUUUGGCAUUCAGCCAGUGGAAGACAAAGGCGCGUGCCGCCUCCCGCUCUGCUCCCUUCCUGGAGAACCUGGGAAUGGGCCCGAUCAGCAGCUGCAGCGCUCACCUCCGGAAUUCCAGUAGUUGCAACAUGAGAGAGGCUGAGAGCGACCAGGACAGUAACAGAGACUGGUCCUGUGGCGUGGAGGAGUAAGCUAAGCAGAAAGAAAAUCAGACGAAAGUCCCAAUUUCCUUUGAAGAUCUCAGCAUUUAAAAACCUAAAGUGGAGAAUUGAGUGAUUCAGAUCUUUUUUUUUUUUUUCUUUUUUAAGUAUGUUACCCUCGACGCCCACUCUGAAAUCCGAGGCAGGAGGAGAGGCGCACCUUGGGCACCAUGCAACGCCUAUUGAUGUCAGACACACAGGAUGUGUACAGGAUCACUGUGCUGCCCCCAGUGCACAGGUGAGCAGGUGUGUGCCCAGUAUAUAGAGCCCUUUGGUUCUUUGGCCUUUCCAUCUGCCUAGGGCUUCGUGGACUGUUUGGACGUUACUGGUGGGUGUGCCAUAGUUGGUGGGCUUCAGUGGGACUGCUGAUCUUUGAGCUUCUGGUUGGGGUUCUUUGAGACAAAUGAAAAGGCACAUAUAAAAGCUGGAUGUUAACAACUUCAACUUGGAAAAAAAAAAAAAGAGAAUUUCCAUUCGAAUCUGACAGGAAAACUGUGACCUUGACUCCAACAAGAAGAAAAAGUCAAAACCACCUGUUUCCCAGAGGUUCAGCGUUUACAGUGAAUUCAGCAGACUUGGGGACAAGGACUAGUUUUGGCUGCGCAGAACCAUCUAUUUCGCUCUCCCACCUGGUUUCCUAGUUUUCACAAAUGGGACAACUUGUCCAGACUGGCUGAGGAUUCCGUUUUGAUUGCCUUGGGAGGUUGCAGGGAUCUCUGCAAAUGUGCUUCAUCUCUCAAACUGCAAGAUUCAUGUCUGGAUGCAUUUUGCCAUGGACAUAGUUUGGUGGGGCAGUCAUUUCCUACUCUGAGUUACUGGUUACAUAGCCAAUCCAUGGGUAUGACUUGGUCAUUUUGACAGGGGCAGGACCGAACUAUAAAUAGGAGCAUCUUGGCUGUACAGGAGGCUUGAAAACUGAGCCCAAAGGAGACCUCUUCCAGCUGACCUCAAUAAUAUGAAUGGGUUAGUGCUAGAGCGGGGCUGUCAUUUCUCAAAUGCCUGUGUGUAGAAUCCUGUUGAAUGUCCCUCUUUUGGUUGAUAAGCUGAUCUGCUAUAGUUAACAGGCAGAUCACCACCUUUUUUACUGCUCAAAAGGCACAGUCCUUUCCACUUGUUCCCCUUUGGGCCUUCUUGACAAUGAGUUCUUUUGUUAUUGGAAGUCAGAGAAGGACCUGUAGAAUCUCCUGACUUGAAGGAAUGGCAGGGUGAGGGAGGAGAUAGGAAAUAAGAACCUCAUAUCAAAACCAGCCUCCCCUUUACUUCCUGAGUGAAGGUUUGUGAAGCAUAGAGAAAUGGGAGCUCUGAGGCGAGCAGGAACGGUGCUGCUUUAUUUGAAAUGUUUUCUUACCUCAUUCUGUGACCCAGUAAGGGGUCCAGCCUCAUCUGUCUGGCUUGGCCCUGUGUUUGCCUAUUCCCUGCUUCACUGCCUGUCUGGUGCAGCUCAUGUCCCCAGGUGCUGCUUGCCAUUCCAACUUCCACCUUGACUGGUUUCAGUUCAUCUCUUUUAAUUCUGCUUAUGAAGCCUGCACACUUUCCUGUAGAGUUGUUGUUUUGUUUUUUGCUGCUUGUUGUUCUGUUUUGGUAAAAGGCUCAAAGAAUCUUUUUUUAUGGCUCCCUGUCUGUGGUUAUGGUGACUUAAAUUUCUGUAUUUAAAAGGUAAUAUGCCUAAGCAUUGUCCUCUGUAGGACCAACGGUGUUGCUAGUGUGCUCCACUUUUGUGUCUUCAUGUGGAGCUGUAUUUUCCCACCUCCACUUGAAUACUGCCUCUUACUCUUCCAGCCUAAUUAGAAGAGUUGUAGAGCCUGAUGGACACACACCGGGUUGGAGUUGGUCCUGAUCCUCUUUCUCUAACCCUUGCUUUGUGUGUAUACUUUUUGUCUCAGAAGGAACUAAUAGUGUGGACUGAUUAGAGUCACAUUUGGGGGUUAAAGAAUCCAUAGAGAUGAGCUUUGAGACUGUCCAUUAUUGCCUUUUUCCCCUAGACUUGUUGUUAGGGUUGGGGCCUAAUUACAGAUUGGGCUCAAAUUCAAGAAUAGUGAUAACUUUAUGAAAAGUCACAUCUUAACAGAAGCUAAAAUGUUCUUAGGUUAUCUUUUUGUAGACAUCUAAGAAUGCAGAGGGAAAGGAGGGUCUAGUUGAGACUACCCUACCGCCAAACAAUGUUUUGGCAGUAGAAUCAAGGUAAGCAAGAAAGGCCUUGGCCUACACUCCCUUCCAAUAAAAAAAUUCUGAUAAUUACUGUUACCAUUUUGGCAUUUUUUCCCCUUCUGAUUAAAGCGGGCAGUGAGAAGUAUCUUUGAUUAAUGGUUUAUUCGCAUUACCUUCUUGUUCUUUUUUGCUUCUCCCAUCAUCCUACCAUUAGGGCAAUAGCCUUCUGUCCUUGCUGGGUAUAAGGUGGUCUUAGUCCAACAGAUUCUCUGAGGGUACAUAACUCCUUUUUAGGGAGAAAAAUGCUCCCAACCAUGAUAGUUCACAGUGGUUAGGAACACUUUUUCCCUUUCUGCAUUUCCUCUAACAGCAAAAUUCCUAUCCUCUCUUUAAGUGUAUUGAUCACCCUAUAAUCCUAUUAUGUAUCUGAAUGGGUGUGUGUGUGUGUGUGUGUAGUGGGGAAAGGGGUUCUUUAAAAUAUCUGUGGUUUGUGGCUUUUUUCUUCCAUACAUUUGUUCCUACCGCCGCAUGCCCAGGGGCCACUGCCUGGCAUAAUCACAUGCUGGGAACAUUGGGGGAGGGUAGUGAAGCUCACCACUGUCCUUUGGUUUUUAGACUUUUUUUUUUUUUUUUUUUUUUUUGCAUAAGUAGUCCAUCCUGUAUAGAUAGAUGACUAACUGUAUUCCCUUUGCCCCUAUGGCUGCUGUUGUAAAUAAAUUGCAUCUCCCCAUUGGUAAAUGGUAAUAAUAAACAAAAUUUUAAAAAAUGA